UGGCGACGGUCGAAGUUUGAAGUUUAGCGCCACGAAAACGGAGUCAGAGAGAGACAGGACGGAGACAGAAAGACACGGAUACACGGACUGCCUGUCUGUCCCGGUGGAGUCCAAACUGUCUGUCCAAACUGUUGGAGUAAUACCUGCCCGUCUGUGUGUCUGUGGUUCGGGGGCAAGUGGAGACAGACCGGAUCAGGAUGUUUGAGGACCUUAUUGAAGCAUUCUGUGGUCUGGAGCCUCAGGUGUCAAUGGGGGGUGGGCCAUGUCAAGGGGGACGGGGUCUGGAGGAGGGGGAGGAGUCUAGUCUCAGUGUUGGACAGUUUGUCCUCUGUCACUGGUCAGAUGGACUGUACUACCUGGGCAAGAUACAGAGGUUGAGCCCUCCAAAACAGAGCUGCUUUGUAACGUUCGAGGACAACUCCAAGUUCUGGGUCCUCUGGAAGGACAUCCAGCACGCCGGAGUGCCGGGGGAGGAGCCUCGCUGCUCUGUGUGUCGGGGGGUGGAGCCAAGCUCUGACAGCAAAUUAAACCAAAACAACCAGAUCCUCAUCUGUGGGAAGUGUGGCAUUGGUUUCCACCAGCAGUGUCAUGUUCCUCCAGUGGAGGGCAGCAUCAGUCUCAGUCCGUGGUUCUGUAGACGUUGUGUCUUCGCUCUGGCUGUCAGGAAAGGGGGCGCUCUGAAGAAAGGUCCGAUAGCCAAAGCUCUGUCAGCCAUGAAGCAGGUGUUACCCUACGACCUGGACUCUCUGGACUGGGACUCCCAACAUCGGACCAAUCAGCAGCAGUGUUAUUGUUACUGUGGAGGCCCCGGAGAGUGGUACCUGAAGAUGCUGCAGUGUUUCAGGUGUCAGCAGUGGUUUCAUGAAGCCUGCACUCAGUGUCUGCAGGAGUCCAUGAUGUUUGGCGACAGGUUCUACCUCUUCCUGUGCUCUGCGUGUAAUAAAGGGUCAGAGUACGUCCGUCGUCUGUCUCUGAGGUGGGUCGAUCUGGUUCAUCUGGUCCUCUACAACCUGUCGGUCAGCAGCAAGAAGAAAUACUUUGAGCUGGACGAGAUCCUUGCCUUCGUCUCCGAGAACUGGGAACAUUUACAGCUUGGGAAGCUGUCCAACACUCCACCCUCAGAGAGAGGACAGCAUCUGCUGGACGCCCUGAAUAAAUACAAGAGCAAGUUUCUGUGUGGGAAGGAGAUUAAGAAGAGGAAGUGCAUCUUCCGUCUGAGGACUCGAGUCCCUCCACACCCCCCCUCCAAGCUCUUUCCUGAGCGUGCUCAGAGCGAUGGCGGACGGGGCCGUAAGAAAGGCGUGGUCAGGAGCAGUGUUUCAACUGAGCGCAAGAAGAGGAAGUCCAAGUGGCUGCUGGAAGAUGCCAUUCCUAACAACGAGUUGUCCUGCAGUUGGACCUCCAACCACCACAUGGCCAACAUCUUUGACUUCACCCUGGAUGAACUGCAGAGCCUGAAGAGCAGUUCCAGCAGGACAGUCAGCAUUGAUCAGGACUCCACUGAUGCCUCCACUUCCGGUUCGGCCACAACCAGCGCCUCCUAUCACUUCAGGAGGAGGGUCGGCAGCAGGAAGAGGAAGCUGCCUAGCAACAGUUACAGCCAGUGGGCCAAUCGCAGUGAAGCUGGAGAGGAACUGGGAGGGGAGGAGCCUUCUGGGAUGCUGGAGGACCAAGACACUCCAAACCACACUCACUUGACAACAGACUCCUCCCAUUUCCUGUCAGACCCUUCACAGCUUCCCUCUGACUCCUCCCACCUUCACUCCUCAAUCUCCUCAUACUUUGGAGUGGCGGGCAGACUGACCAAUGGGGAGAGGUACCAGGUGUUGGCUCGACGUGUCACUCCUCAGGGGACGGUCCAGUAUCUGUUAGAGUGGGAGGGGACAGCUCCUUAUUAGGACAUUAACCGAGUACAGGUGUGAAGCUUUGAUUCCUCUUCCUCCACUCUCACAGAGGACACUUUGUUUCCUCAUCAGCUCAAGUCUGUCUGCUGACUGGCUGAAACCUUGAGCUCAGUCACCUCAUGACUAAAGUCCAUCUGAACACCUGAUCAGGUUUUCAUGUUUCCGAGAUGCCCACUUUUAAUGUCAGUUAACGAUUUUAAAAAUGUUGGCAAAUAAACUAAAAACACAACAUUUCAUCCUGUUUGUCAAAGGCAGCAUUCGUUUUUCCCAAUAACAGGACGGUUAGGACCCAGUUUGUGCUGAAACUCAUCCAGAAACUGGUGAACUGAAUCUGACCAAAGACAACUUUGUGAGACGAAUGUCCCUCUGAAAACUCUUUGUAAACAUGUCCAAUGCGUCGUCUGUCCCUACAAGGAUCCAAAAGACUGCAUGUCUGUCAGAUGGUUUUCAGAUGAGUUUGGAGGAAUCGGUUAUCAAAGUAGAUCACGAGCCUUUCGAAAGAGUAUUUAGUGAACACAAACAAAACUUUUAAAUACAGCCAAAGACCACACACACACACACACACACACACAUUGUUAUCAGACUGACAGUACAUGGAGCUUGUGCCUUUGUUUUGUCAAAUCAAACACAUUUCUUCUUCUUUGCCUCUGAUAUGUGAAACAGUCAGAGGCUCCUGUAGUUACCUGUAGCGCCCCCCAGCUGUCAAACAGCUCGCUGCCUUACCUGUCCUCUCUGCUGUACCUGUGAGUUGCAUCAGUUCAGUUCAGUUUAUUUAUAUAGCGCUUAAAUUGACCCUCAGUCAGAAAGCUGCUGCUCUGCUCUGUGAUGGUUCACCUUCAGUACUGGUCUCAUCAGGUACCCUCACACCUGUUGUGACCUCACAGUGGGGAUGUGGUCAGCAGCUGACCUAAGUCUUCACCUGUGAAGUAACAGUGAAAUCUGAGUUAUGGUUCUGCAUUCCUUUUCUGGAAUAUAAAGCCUCAAUUAAUUUCCCUCCACAAUGGAGAGAGCAGGAACUUGCAACAGAUCUGAUCCAUGAACUCAGCAGUUCCUGGCUCCCAAACUGAUGGCCAGUACUGGGCUGAGGGCCAGUCCUCCUCCUGAAGUUCACUUCAACAGUCUGAGUAAGAGAGGUCAGAGUUCAGACCAGAUCCUCUCUCUGUGGAGGGAUAUGUCCUAUGGGACUGUAGAUUUUACUCAGGUCAGAGUCCCACUACCAACCAGACUCUGUACAGAUUUCUGUGGAUUUCGAAAAAAAAUUCACAAAACACAACAUUUUAUUGAUUUAGCUUUUCGCUCACUUUCUCCAUCCUGGUCUGAAUGUUGUUUCAAAGUCAUCUGUGAUUGUUGUCAAAACCAACAAUAUUUCAAGAUUUCAGACUGAACCUAAAAUAUUGUGAUGUGAAGUCUUCCUUGUGUCUUUAAACAUCUCGGAUACAGAAUUGUGAUCAGUGCAUGACAUCUGACCUGACAAAGACAAACACUUUGCUGCUGAAGCUUCACACGAGCUUCAUGAGGUGUGUGUGUGUGUGUGUGUAUGUGUGUGUGUGUGUGAAUCCAAACAGGAGGAGUCAUCACACCGACCUUCAGCCCUUCAGAGUGUAAAAUGUGAAGCCCCAGAUAAAACUACAAGUCCCAGAGUUCAUUGUGUCCUUGUUUUUACUUUCACGGCCUUGACCGCUCUGUGUUUCUGUUAACAGCUGUUUUCUAUGCAAUCAGCCUCACUCAGCACACUGACGAUCAGUCAGAGCGAUUGAUCACUGCUGUUCACAUUCAUGUGCAUUUGUUCUGACAUCAGAGGUUAGCUAACACAGCCCAUUGGUUUGAAUGAGGAAUGCUAACAGUGCUACGAGUGCCUACAGUCUCCAAGACAUAAAACUGACACUCUGCCACUUUAAACCUGCAGCUCCUCCUCGAUGCCAUGGUAACCAUGCUCCCCUCCCAUUGGCCCAUUGGAUGGUUGAUUUGAUCAUGUUACUGUUUGUAUGUUCUGUUUAGCUGACCAAUCAGUUGCCAGCUUUCUCUGGAAUAAAAAAAAGUUGUUUGACCUUUGA